CCUAUUGAACAGAGGCAUGACUUCACAUUACACAGCAGCUCAUGCUGUGACACGAAGAGUUGCCAGAUUUCAGUGGAGAAAGGAUUUCAAGUCAUGUCUUCUCAAAAUGCAAAGAAAAAGCGACUUGGGUCACGACGGGUGGCACCAAGCCAAAAUGAAGUACCGAAGGCUGAUAAGUACCACUUAACAGAAACUUCCUCUGUGGCACAAGACUACGCAGUAGAAGAAAGUACUGAAUCUUUAAAUGUUUUGUCCACCUGGGAAGAUUCAAAACCAGAAACUCGACAUCCACCUUCAGCAGGAGUCGCAUUUAACAGGAGAAAAAUUGGGUCUAAUCGAAGAAGUAAAGGAAAGCAGUUAGUAAAUGAUUUAGAAACGGAACCUUACCUCAACCCUGGAAAGGAACUUCAGGAAAAAAGCAGGGGUAAUGAAACCUUUGAAACAAUAAAAACGCCACGGGCAGUGGAACUUGAGCAGCAGGAAGAAUUCGGUCAAGGAAGUGAACAUUUGUCUGCACGAGCUAAGGACUGUUCAGAAAGUAAACCUGAUCAAAAUUCUGAGGCUAAAAAGAACUCUUCAGAGGGUGUAAUGGAAAUUUUAACUCCUGAAAUCAAUAAUCAGCAAGAGUGCAACCCUUGUGAAAAUAAGACCAAGCUUGAAGAGAUUGACAAAUCUGACAUGCAAAGUGAAGAAAUCAAAGAAAACAUGCAUCGUGUGGCUCAACAGUCAUCCAGUGACGUGCCAGAUGAGGAGCCUUCAACUGUGUACUCUGUAGCAGAAAUACAAAGUACAGAAAGAGAUGACAAAAACUUGCACAGGCAGGAUGGAAGGUUACAGGGUACCAACUUGGUAAAUGAGUCGCAUGUAGAAUUUGAAGCUUUAGAGGCAGUCACACCAAACAUAACCACAGAUAAAAACAGCACGGAACAAAAUAUUGAAGUCGUGUGCAGUGCUGAGCAGGAAACAUUUUCACCAUCAAAAGAGAAGUUGAUUGCAAAUGAGGAUCCUUCUAGCUUAUCUGAACUUAGAGAAGCAUGGCAAUCAGAGGAUGCUGUGAAUAAAAUGUACAUGUAUGAAAAUCAGUACUCCUCUAAAAUUCAGGGUAUUUAUGUCACAGAAAAUGCUGAGCAUCACUUUGUGACUCAGGAAAAUGAGGAGCAUAUUGGCGCAGACAGCAAAGACAGUGGAGUCUCUCUACAAUCUACAACCUCAUUGGCAACUCCACCUUUUGAGUCCCAACUUCAGGACAAUACUGUGAGCACAGAUAAGCAAACCCAUGCUGUCACCGAAUCCAGGGGACAUAGAAGAAAAAUGGGAUCCACUCGUAGAAAUAAAGGAAGACAGCGUGAUAAGGAAAUUAAAGAUGAAGAUGCAAUUGGUGAUGAAACCCCUGAAACAACAGAAAUGUCAGCAACAGAGACUACAAGACCUGAAGAAUUACUGCAAGGAAAUGAGUGUGAUGUUCCUCUGUCUGUGCCACAUGACAGCUCCAUGUUCACAGUGUCUGCACCUGCUUAUUCUCCUGAGGUCCAGAACCAAACAGCAACAAGCUAUCCUGAGAUUAGCUUGGGCAGUUUAAUUCCUGAAAGUGAAAGCCGUCAACAAAAUCCAGAUGAGCAAGAUUUUAAAGUGGUUUCAGAUAAACCAUUGGAAUCUGGGAUGGAAGAAGUGGAUGAAUCUGAAACUGCUCUGAGUGAAGAAGUCGAAGAUGCCACUCACUCAGAGGAAACUGUCAGUAAAAUGCAUGAAGAUGAGGUUGAAACAACACAAAUACAAGAUGUGCUGCAGAAUGAUUUCUCAUCUGAAAAUGUGAUUGAUGAUGCCACAGAAAACUCCUUAAUGACUUCUGAAGACUUAGACCAAACUGAAAAUAGCAACACAUACCAGUUUCAAGUGAUGGUGCAGAGUCCUGAUGAAUCUGUAACCAAAGUUGAAGUUUCAACUCCUGAUGACAAACAAGCUGAGCAUCACUUUGUGACUCGGGAAAAUGAGGAGGAUAUUGGCGCAGACAGCAAAGACAGUGGAGUGUCUCUACAAUCUACAACCUCAUUAGCAACUCCACCUUUUGAGUCCCAACUUCAGGACAAUACUGUGAGCACAGAUAAGCAAACCCAUGCUGUCACCGAAUCCAGGGACAUAGAAGAAAAAUGGGAUCCACAGAGAAAUAAAGGAAGACAGCGUGAUAAGGAAAUUAAAGAUGAAGAUGCAAUUGGUGAUGAAACCCUGAAACAACAGAAAUGUCAGCAACAGAGACUACAAGACCUGAAGAAUUACUGCAAGGAAAUGAGUGUGAUGUUCCUCUGUCUGUGCCACAUGACAGCUCCAUGUUCACAGUGUCUGCACCUGCUUAUUCUCCUGAGGUCCAGAACCAAACAGCAACAAGCUAUCCUGAGAUUAGCUUGGGCAGUUUAA